AAACAAGAAAGGCAAACGAAACAGUAGGAGCGCCGGUGUAUAUAUAGAGCGCCGCGAAAGCAUCGCCCUCACAGCCUCGGCAGACACUCGAACUGCGGCGGAACAAAGCUGACGCAAUGGCGGCCUUGCUCUGCAUCAGCACCCCCGCCGCCGCCGCCCUUCCCCACCUCCCGCGCGGACGCGCACCCCCGUGCGACGUCGCGCUCGCCGCUCCGGUGCCUGCCCGUCUCUCCCUCCGCCGCCGCGGCCUCCCAACUACAGGGCUGCGCUGCUCCGGCACGGAGGUGGGGGUUACGGAUGCAAUAAGGAUGGCCGCGGCCACGCCGUUCGGGCACAACCUGGUGGCGGUGGACAUCGUCGGUGACGAGGUGGCUGCCGACAAGUUGGGCUUCAAGGAGAUGGCCACAUAUGUCAUAUAUGGCACCGGUGCUUUCUUUGCCGGAUGGGUUUUGUCCGCUGUUGUUUCAGCAAUUGACUCCAUCCCCUUGCUCCCAAGAAUACUGGAGAUGGUGGGCCUCGGAUACACGGUUUGGUUCAGCUCACGGUAUCUUCUUUUCAAGGAAAACAGAGAGGAAUUGUUUGCCAAAGCUUAUGAUCUCAAAAUGAGAAUUGUUGGAUCCGGCGAUGCAUGAUGUGUUCACAUAUGGUUGGGCAGCUGAGUGUAAUAACUUCUCUCUCGUUUUGGGAGAAAUACUAAGUUGUGUGUUUCAACCAUAUGUUACUGAGUUUGUGAUGUAGUGUUCGUUAUGUUUGAAAUAUUCGGCGAAAAAUGUAUGUCGUGCUUUCUAGAGAAAAAUGUGGUGUAUGUGAUAACUGGAAUAAGCAAGUAAGACCCAUGUAGGACAUGGAGGCUAGACCAAAUAAUCCCAACAUUGCCCCUUUUA